GCAAACGUAUCACGCCAUCACCUUCGGCUAUCACAUUUUUACUCGCUUCCUAUUUCUAUUCAAUUCACCGGUGUCGAAGUGAAUUGUCCACGUUGGAAGAGCCGUCGAUAAUUUUUCCAAAAACGUUGGUGUUUCUGUAUUAAAUCACCUCAAAAUAAAUAAUGUCUCCACCAACGUACUCCGAUCUUGGAAAGAACGCGCGUGAUGUGUUCGGCAAGGGAUAUCAUUUUGGAUUGAUUAAAGUCGAUUGUAAAACGAAAACAAAUUCCGGCGUCGAGUUCAACACAGGCGGAGUUUCUAAUCAAGAAUCGGGCAAGGUCUUUGGUUCGCUAGAAACUAAGUAUAAAGUCAAAGAAUAUGGUCUAACGUUCUCGGAGAAGUGGAAUACCGACAACACACUCGCCACCGAAGUGACCGUACAGGAUCAGCUCAUGAAGGGAUUGAAACUAUCCGCCGAUUGCACCUUCGCACCACAGACCGGAAACAAGACGGGACGCGUAAAGUCAGCAUUCCAACACGAUUUGUGCUCCCUCAAUUGCGACGUUGAUCUCGAUAUGGCGGGACCUUUGAUUCAGGCAUCGGCGGUCGUCGGGCAUCAGGGCUGGUUGGCCGGCUACCAGACGGCGUUCGAUACGCAAAGGUCGAGGCUCACAAAGAAUAACUUUGCGCUUGGAUUUUCCACGGGCGAUUUUAUUUUACAUACCAACGUUGACGACGGUCAAGAAUUCGGCGGCUCCAUAUAUCAGAAGCUUUCGCCCAAACUGGAGACCGGCAUUCAACUCGCGUGGUCGGCCGGAAGCAACAACACCCGAUUCGGCAUCGGCGCAAAGUACGAACUGGACGCGGACGCCUGUAUCCGCGCGAAGGUAAACAACGCUAGCCAAAUCGGUUUAGGUUAUCAACAGCGUCUUCGCGAUGGUAUUACAAUUACUCUUUCCACAUUAAUAGACGGAAAGAAUUUCAAUAACGGAGGACACAAAAUCGGUUUAGCGUUGGAGUUGGAAGCCUAAAAAUAUUUGGUGAUGUUUUAGUACUACCAUGUAUGUUACGCCUACUGUUCUGUAGAUAUCAUGUGCAAGUGAACAUUUUAAAUAUACAUGUAUCGAUUUUA